AUGGCAAAAGGCUCCUUCACGUUUGCUGUUUUCCUUCUAGGAUAUCUCCUUAAUGCUGAAUACGCAGUUUUCAUUGAUCGGGAAGAGGCAAGUUCAGUUUUACUCCGAUAUAAACGAUUCAAUUCUGGACGCCUGGAGGAGGUGAUUGCUGGAAACCUUGAGCGAGAGUGCUUGGAAGAAAAAUGCAGCUUUGAGGAAGCAAGAGAGGUCUUUGAAAACCAGGAGAAAACGGUGGAAUUUUGGAAUGCAUAUAUUGAUGGAGAUCAAUGUGAAUCAAACCCUUGCCAAAACGGAGGGAAAUGUGAGGAUCAAGUUGGUUACUAUAUCUGUUGGUGUUCCGCUGGUUUUGAAGGAAGAAACUGUGAAUUAGACGCUACUUGCGCAACUAAGAAUGGAGGCUGCAAGCAAUUUUGCAAGAACAGCCCAUCGGGAAGAGUGAUCUGUUCUUGCGCUCCUGGCUACAAACUUGGGGCAGACCAGAAGACCUGUGAGCCAGCAGUGCCCUUUCCAUGCGGAAGGAUUUCUGCUCCAGAGGUGGUCAGCAAGCUCACUCGUUCCGUGAACUCAUUUGACAGCUGGUUCUCCACCAAUGACACGGAUGACAUCAUAGAAGAGCUGGACAACAUCACCAAGAUUGUUCCCCUGUCAGCAACCCGAAAUCGAGUGGUUGGGGGCACAGACAGCAAGAAAGGCGAAGUGCCUUGGCAGGUUCAUGUGCUUAACAGUGAGCGGAAGGGAUUUUGUGGAGGCUCAAUCAUCAAUGAAAACUGGAUUGUGACUGCAGCACAUUGCAUUGAAGCUGGACCACGCACUAUUGUUGCAGGUGAACUCAACUUAGAGGAAGAUGACCACACCGAACAGGAGCGCAGCGUGGUCAGGAUAAUCCCUUAUCCUGCAUACAAUAGUAGCCUGAAGUACCACAAUGACAUUGCCCUCCUCGAACUGGAUUCCGCACUGGAACUGAAUAGUUAUGUCACCCCUGUUUGCCUAGCAGACAAGGAAUUCACAAACAGCCUUCUCAAGUUUGGAGGAAGCACUGUGAGUGGCUGGGGAAGACUGGCAUACCAAGGGAGGGAGGCGAGCAUCCUCCAGGUACUGAAGGUUCAGCUGAUUGAUAGGGCAACCUGUCUGAGAAGCACCAGAUUCACCAUUGUGCCCACCAUGUUCUGUGCAGGACAUCCUUACGAGGCAAAGGAUACAUGCCAAGGAGACAGUGGAGGUCCCCACGCAACAGAAAUAGAAGGCACCUGGUUUCUAACUGGGAUAACCAGCUGGGGGGAGCAGUGUGCCAUGAAAGACAAAUAUGGUGUCUACACCAGAGUUGCAAGAUAUGUCAAGUGGAUCAGAGACACAACAAGGGGUACAUAAGGCCAGAACCAAAGUUUUUCUAUUCCUUUCCAAAAGAUAUUGUUGGUCUUUGACCGUAAAUAAAAUUACCUUACCUUCUCAAAGGAUCAUCCUCUUGUGGAGAGGGGAAAAUUUAAA